UUUAUCAAUUUUGACAAACAGAUAGCAACGAAAAUGUGAGAAAUUAAAAAUUAAGAAUUGAUAUGCAUGUUAUAUGAAUAUGUGUAACCUUUUUUGUUUACCAAAUACUGCAAAAAUUAGUCAUUGACAAAUAUCAAAUCGUGUUUACAUGUCCAGUAAUAAAAUAUGACAAAGAAAAGUACAAACACAAUACAGAUAGCUCAAUAGGGAAGCUUCUGAUAGUAAAAAUAAAUAAAUGGUGAAAGAAUUUAAUAUGCAGAAGAAUUUGACUAACAACAGAACUCAUAUGAAGAUUAAAAUGAAUAGCAUCAUUGAAUAGUUAUGCUGAACCAAUAAUAACAUCUUGUAUCAGAUUGAGUGUGCAACAAGUUUUCAAGUUCACAUAUGGCAGGACACUUGCUACUUUUGGCGUUUCUAACUUCUUUGAUUUUUCCUUUCAUCGUUCAUGCUCAGAACAACCAAUCAGGAUUCAUUAGCAUUGACUGUGGACUAGUGGAUGAACCAAGCUACACAGAUGAAACUACUUCCAUCUAUUACACUAGGGAUGUUAAUUUCACAGAUACUGGUGUAAGCCGCAGCAUAUCGUCUAAACACAAGGCUUCCCUUGAAAGACAGUUCUGGAAUGUUAGAAGCUUCCCAGAAGGAACCAGGAACUGCUACACCCUUUUUGUUUCACAAGGAAGUAGCAAGAAAUACUUAGUCAGAGCCAGUUUUGUGUAUGGUAAUUAUGAUGGAAAAGACUCUCUUCCUGAAUUCGAUGUUUACCUUGGAGCCAAACGGUGGGAAUCUGUGGUGUUUGAGGAUUCAUCGAGUGUAAUAACUAAGGAAAUAAUUUAUGCUGCUUCCUCAGAUUAUGUUCAUGUUUGUUUGUUCAAUAUUGGAAAGGGUACACCUUUUAUUUCAGUUUUAGAGGUUAGAGUUCUUAACAGUGAUGCUUAUCUUGUUAACUCUUUGGAACUUUUGGCAAGGUUUAAUGUAGGCUCAAAGGGUGGUCCAAAAAUCAGAUAUCCAGAUGAUAUUUAUGACAGAAUAUGGACACCAUAUAACUCAAAAGACUGGAAAAAGAUAGAUACUUCACUCACCAUAGACCAAGGAGCACCUUUUUUCAAUUUCUUACCGCUACCAUCCUCCGCUGUCAUGCGAACAACAUUAAUUCCAGAAAAAGACAGUGACAAUAUAGAGUUUCACUUCCUUCCCAAGUAUAAUGCCUCCAGAUAUUACGUGUAUUUGUACUUUGCUGAAAUCCAGAAACUCGAGCCAAAUCAAAUUAGAGAGUUCAACAUUUUUGUAAACGGGAAGCUUUUAAAUAUAGUCAACCCUUUGUACCUGCAGAGCCUGUAUUAUGUAUCAGUUAUAAGUGAAAAUAAGUUGGAACUUUGGUUCAAUAAGACUAGUAGAUCAACUCUUCCACCACUCUUUAGUGCGAUCGAGGUAUACAUGACAAAGGACUUAUUACAAUCAGAAACAUAUCAAACAGACGUUGAUGCUAUCCAAAAUGUGAAGUCAAUUUAUGGGAUCAAGAGAAACUGGCAGGGAGAUCCUUGUACUCCUAUGUCAUAUUUGUGGGAUGGUCUAAACUGCAGCUAUGUUGGAUCUGAUUCACCAAAGAUCAUAUACUUGAACUUAACUUCUAGCGGUUUAUUUGGAACUAUAGCUCCUAGCAUAUCCAAUCUAAAGUCAAUAGAAUAUUUGGAUUUGUCAAAUAACAGCUUGACUGGGGCAGUGCCUGAUUUCCUAUCUCAGCUGCGCUUUUUGAAAGUUUUAAACCUGGAAGGAAAUAAGCUAUCAGGAGCAAUUCCAAAAGAACUUCUUGUGCAUCCUAAGAAUAGUGUGCUCAAAUUCAAUUUUGGUGGAAAUCCAAAUCUUUGCUCCUCAGGUUCAUGCAACAAGGGGAAUCGAAAUAAGGUUGUGGUUCCAUUAGUAGCUUCACUUGGAGGAGCUGUCGUGGUACUAGCAGUAGCAAUGAUUUCUUUUCGCAUAUACUACAAGAGACACCAAGCUUCCCAUCAGCUGAGCAAGGUUGGUGCUUAUUCAAGAAUAAAGCAGGAACUAGAAUCAAAGAAACAAGAAUUCACCUAUGAAGAAGUAUUAAGCAUUACCAGAAACUUUGAAAAGGUUGUGGGAAAAGGAGCAUCUGGAACAGUCUACCAUGGCUGGAUUGAUGAUGAUACUGAGGUAGCUGUCAAAAUGCUAUCUUCCUCAUCAGCUCAAGGAUCUCUGCAAUUUCAAGCAGAGGCCAAACUUUUUGCUAUAGUUCAUCAUAAAUACUUGACGGGUCUUAUAGGGUAUUGUGACGAUGGCACCAACAUGGCUCUAAUCUAUGAGUAUAUGGCUAAUGGAGAUUUAACCAACCACUUGUCAGAUAAAAACGAAAAUAUAUUAAGUUGGAAUCAGAGACUUCAAAUUGCAGUAGAUGCUGCAGAAGGAUUGGAGUAUUUGCAUCAUGGCUGUAAUCCACCAAUUGUUCACAGAGAUGUUAAAUCCAAAAACAUCUUACUAAAUGAAAAACUCCAGGGAAAAUUAGCUGAUUUUGGGUUGUCAAAGAUAUUUCCUAAUGAAGGUGACACUCAUGUCUUCACGGUUGUUGCUGGCACACCAGGAUACCUUGAUCCAGAGUACAAUAGACUAAGCAAGCUAAGAGAAAAAAGUGAUGUUUUCAGUUUCGGGGUAGUUUUGCUUGAGAUAAUAACAGGACAACCUGCCAUAACCAAAACUGAAGAAAAAAUCCAUAUUAUUCAGUGGGUUAGUUCCACGCUGGUGGAAAGAGAGGUAAAGGAUAUUGUAGAUCCGAGAUUACAAGGAGAAUUUGAUAUUUCCUCUGCAAUGAAAGCUUUGGAUACUGCAAUGGCUUGUGUAGCUCCAACUUCCAUGAAUAGGCCAAGCAUGAAGCAUGUAGUUAUAGAACUGAAACAAUGUUUGGAAAACAAGAUUACUCCUCCGUCUGACUCUACUUACACUCAUGAGAGCUUACCCAGCAGCACCUUAGAUUAUGUUUCCUUUGAUAGAAUUAGUGGUGAGAGCUCUCUAGCGAGGUAAUAAUUUAAUUAAAACUAGAAUGAGACACGCGCUUUGCGCAAGUUAAAGAAAUUUUUGUAUGUUAUUAAAUUCGAAGAACUUGAAAUUGAAAGUUGAUGACGAACAUCUCUUUAGUGAGUAGUUAGUCUCUCACAAUUCAGUUACAUAUUAUCCUCAAAAUGAUCGCAAAAUAGUGAAAAAUAAACAUGCCAUGAUAUCGAAAAUCUAUAUCUUAGAAUGAAUAGAAUUCGUGAUUAUAAUGCAAGAUAGUGUUAAUCCUAUAAUAAUUCAUAAAGGUUGAAUUUCAUAAUUAUAAAAUUAUAAAGUUACAAGAGUAUGUAUCGUUUAUGUAAAAUGAGCGAACAUGAAGAACGAAACUCAGAACUGAGCAAAUAUUGAUACAAGCAUGAU